GAUAAAAAGAAAACCACUAAAAUUGGUUUUCAAGAAAUAGAAAAGAAAAAAGGUGAGCAAGUCGAAAAAAUAAAAGUGCGGGUCGCCCGAAAAUUUAAGGAUAAAAAAGGGAAAAACCGUUGUCAAAAUUGUGGCAAGAGGAAAGAACAAAAUAUUUGUUCGGCUUGUCGGCAACCAGAACCCCAGAAAAAUCAGACAUUAGUCCAUCGUGAAUCUUUUUUUCUGAAUAAAAUGCUUUAUCAAAUCUUAGCAAAAAUGCGAGAGGUGGCACCGAGCCAAUUUCAAGCCGAAAUCGACCAAAUUUUACCUAGUUUUAAGUUAAGUGCGGCGGAGAAUAAAUUAAUUGAAGAAAUGGAAAAAUAUAAAAGAACGGAAGACUUUGCCGAGAAACACCCCGAACUCAAAAGCGAAAAGGCAAUAGAGAAGUUAGAAGAAGAAAUUGGCGAUAGUUGGAAGAAAAAUAAUCAGCCAACUGGACCCGGUAAUCAAAAUGGGGGCAACUCUCCGCAACCAAACUCAAAUCAAAACAACGAUAAUUCGGCGAAAAUUACUCAAUUACAGCAAGAAAUCAACGGUUUAAGACAAGAAAUCCGUGACUUAAAAAAUCCUCGCAAUCCUUCUCCUCCCAACCCUAAUACUUUACAAGAAAAAGAGAAUAAAUUGAAGGAAAAAGAAAGUGAGUUGGAGGGAUUAAACAAAAACAAUAAUUCUCCUUCCAAUAAUCAACCUGAUAAAAGUGGAAAUUCUAAUUUAUUGCUUUAUGUUGGUCUUGCAGUAAUAGGAGCAAUCAUUAUUUUGCUUGCCGUUUUGCUAAUUUUGCAAAAAAAAAAAAAAAACAGUCUUAAAUUGGCAGAAUAA